UCUAAUCAAUCAAGAUAUUUAUCGGACUUAUCGGAAGUGAAUUGGUGUAUUGUGGUUUUUGUUGUGCCGAGUUAUUAAAUUAAGGAACAAUGGUGCACUAUUUGAGCUUGACCGCUGUAUUUAAUUAUUUGGAGGCUACACCAAAUAAUAGGUGUAUAAUUGAAGGUGAACAAGUACUCAAUAGUAAGCACCUAAUCUUAGUGGGCAUAAUAGAUGGUAAAAUAAAUAAUGACGGUGUUUUUUGCUUUAUGAAAAUAAUGGCCCUUCGCCUUCAAACGAGCGUUCUAUUGACCCCAUGAGAUAUGUGGUUGGCUAGAAUUGGACUCUUCAACUGACCUGUGGAAAAUAAAUCCAUUUGAAUGUUCCUGUAAAGCUGGAGCUUCUGGAAAAUGCAAGCAUGUUUCUGCAACACUGCUACAUUUCACAAGGUUGUAUUCAUUCAAAGUUCUAGUGGCAUGAAUCAAGCCCCUGCAAUUGAAUUUGGUGCUAACCAGCACUAAUUAGUUUUUCUUUUCUCUGCUUCUUUGUUCUGAUUUUAGGGUAGAUCUUCAAACAUUGGAAAAGUUAUCAGGAACAGAUAUUGAGUGUUAUUGGAAAUCCCAAAAAAAAACAAAUACAAGAGUACAAGGCCUGUCCAAUAAGGGAUAUAAAAUGUUGUUUCAAGUCCAACUAAAAAAUUAUUGGGCAACUCAGUGAAGCAGGCCAGAAACAAUGUGCUCAGCUUUUAAUUGCAAAACAUGGUUGUAGUGCGCUUAGUAAACACAAGAAAGGACGGAGGGUAUUAUCUGCCAACAGCAAUCAAGUCUGUGAUGAAUCAAUCCCUGAUGCGCUGAAACAGCUUGUGGAAGCAAUAGGCAAUUCAACGUUCUUACCAGAUUUGAAACUUAAAGCAGGAAAUUUCAAUUCAAGAGAUUGUUGUAAGUCCACUUACUCAAGUUUGUGUAAAGUGGACAUUCUCAAUGUCAUGAGAUCAUGCUUCAAUGGAAGUGAAGGAUGGAAAUUUCACAGAAAAUAUAGGUUGACAGGUUCAAGAUGUUACUCCAUCUUCACAUAUGAUAAAGGAGAUUGGGAGAAUAAAAGCCUGAAGUAUUUCCAUCCGAAGGAAUUUACGAACAAAUUUGUUCAGCAUGGAAUAGACCAUGAAAGGGAAGCACGAGAAUGCUACAAAUCCAAGCUAGGAUAUCCUGUUAUAGAAACAGGAUUCAUUAUCUGUAGCAGAUAUCCUUGGCUUGGCUUUUCUCCGGAUGGCGUUAUUUUCCGCGAAGGCAAACCUUUUAGAUUGCUAGAAAUAAAAUGUCCAUUUGUUGGGAGGACCAAAGAUGCUGCUUAUUUCGUUGAAGAGUGCGAUUAUUUAGAAAUCACUGCCAGCGGCCUCAAAUUGAAGAAUAAUCAUGCCUAUUAUCCAACUGGGCAUAGGCUUGUUGAACUUGGAAGGCUGUUAUUUUAUUGUAUAUUCAAGUCACUCAAAAUCUUUCUUGAAUGUUUUUGUUCCAUUCAAUGAAGAUUUCACAAGAAAUUUGAUUAAUGAAAUUACAUAUAAUUAUUUCAAGCAUAUGUUACAUACAAUUUGUGAUAAUAAAU